AUGCGGCCACCGCUGUUUUUCAUAGGCUUUUUAAUUCUGGUAGUACUGCAACAAAGAUAUGCUUAUGCUGAUGCAAACAACGGGUGUAAUAGAGGGAAAAACAAUAGAGGAGAUUCCUUCUCAGAAGAAACUCCGGGAUGUAAUGAUGAAUCACAAUCUACAAAAAAUCAGAUAAACUCAACAGAGACUACAACAACUUCGCCACACUCAAACGAAACGACUUCUGCAAAAGACUCAACCACGUCUACCAAGGAGACAACUUCAUCCAGCUCUACCCUAGCAACAAGUACUUCAACUGAACCUCCAACAACAACUUUUCCAAUUUGGGAAAAUAUUCCUCCAGGGGUGACUGUAGAAAUAGCUGGUGUGACUAUAUAUUCCUGCCCUGACUAUGACACUACUACCGUCUCAACAUCCACACCGAGUUCUACUUCCCAAUCAACAAGAACAGCAUCAACAACCACUGCACUGGAGACAUCAGCUUCUACAACGAGCACUUCUUCCUCAUCUUCCACGAGUUUUGCAACAUCUACUACAUCCAAGACAACCGGUUCUACUCCUACGACUUCUUCUGAAGACUUGACUCGCAGUACAUCAACAUCUGGUAGUAUUCAAUCAACUGGUUCAUCUUCGAAGACUUCCACUGAUAAAUCGACAUUGACUGAAAACACAACAUCUUCCAUUUCAAAAUCAUCAAGUGGAUCGUCUCAAAUGUCAAAACCUUCUUCCACUACAACAGCCAGCACUGCAGUAUUGAGCACGAUCUCACACUCAAGCACUCCUCCAUCUGAAACACCGACUUCUUCUCCGACAACCGAUUUAUCUAAAUCAACAACCAGUGGCUCUACAGUGUCUUCCACAAGCUCGUCGGGAUCAAGCCGUUCUUCUACACUGAGUUCGGAUACUUCACCAAGGAUUACUUCCCCGUUUACACAGGCAACUUCUCAGAAAUCUUCCACUACUACCACAUUAGGCUCUUCAAAAUCUUUGCCGACAAACUCCUCAUCCAAUUCGAAGACGAGAACUACUACUACUACUACUACUCAGUCUACGUCUGCUUCAAGUGGUGCGACGGAUUCAAGUUCAAAAUCAACAGGUUCUACAAGUUCUUCGGGGUCUUCAGGAACAUCUGGAAGAACUUCCUCCUCCGUGACUGAAACUUCUACAACAAAACAAACAACGAUAAAAGUCUCAACGAAAGUUUCACCUCAAACAUCCCAACGAUCUUCUUCUGAUAAAACAAGCAUCUCACCCUCUACCCUGACAGGCUCUACAUCAUCCACAACAAUCAUACCAGUCACAGAUCUCAGCACAGCACAAUCCAGUUCAUCUACUUCAGCCUCUACGAAACUAUCAAGCUUCUCAUCCACUCAAAGAGCAACACACUCAAUAAGCAGUUCAACAACUGGCAUAACUGAAACUUCAUCUGAAACGUCAGAGACUUCCAAAUCAACCACAAGAAGCUCAAAACCUAGUACAUCAGGAUUGCCAGGUUAUGAAAUCUUUCCACCAGAUGAUGUGUUCACAAGGUCUUCUGAGCCACCUGGAACUACAAAAACUACAGAGAGUACCAUGACAACUACAGCGGAGACGUCUGGUGACACAACCACUUUCAAAUCAAAUGAGAAUUCUGCGACUAACACCAGAUCUUCCACAGAAUCCACUGAACCAGUUACCAAACCUAACACUGAGAAAUCUAGUUCUACAUCAGUUCUGCCGUCGGAUAAGACCACUUCAAUCCCAGAUACCACAGAAAAUAGCAAAAGCUCUAAAACUAGUUCAACAACUACAACGACACUUCCAUCUGGAUCCACUAGUGACGUGAAACCAUCAUGGCCAGCAACUUCUAAAUUGUCUACACAAGGAUCUACUUCACCAGCGUCUAUUCCAACAAUAAGUCUAGAUCAACCAUCUUCUUCUCAAAUAGCUGUAUCCACUACUCCGAUUUUAACCGCUAUUCCAACUGCAUCUUCUCAAAAAUCUUCCACUUCUGGCAAUACCUCUCCAGCAACAGAAUCCUCGUCCUCUUCUUCCACAAGUACUUCUCAAAGCACAUCCACAACAACGGAAGAUCCUGCAUGCAAGGUUCAGUGUCCAUCUGGAUACCUUAUCGGAACAUCUUCUUGCUUCCUUUUAGUCCCAGCUUCUUCAAAAAUCAAUUCAUAUCAAUCAGCUUUAUCAUAUUGCAAAACUACCGACAAACAAUCCCUGGCUUCUCUUGAUAAGAUCCGUGAUAAUGCUGAUAUUCGGUUGAUCCAGGAAAGUGCAGGAUUACGGAAUAUUGAUUGGAUUUAUGCGAAUGGAAUUGGAGGGAAGAAGGAAAGAUUUGAUAAAAUGGCUGAUGUCUACAGUAUUUUCAAUCAAACAUUAGUUAGUUCUCCUAUUUCGGUGACUGUUGGAAUCUCGGAGAUAUUUGAGAACAUUUCAGCCCUCUGUGUUCUUCCUCAAUACUGUAACUCUACUGAAUGUGAUGUGGAGAAGAUCUUUCUUGCAUACGACUAUUUCACAAGCUUCAAAGAAUAUGCUGGAACUCUUCAGCCAAGAAGAUCUGGAAGUGUAGCUUGUCUCUACGGAAAUCGAAAGACUUUCACAGUCACUUGUAACGAAUUGGGAGCAAUAUAUCCGAAUCCGAGUAAUAUUGAUUGUGGAGAGUCAGUACAAGAACGGAAGAUUCGGGACACGACAAAUGAAAUGGUGUCGAGUUGUAAAGUUUGUUUUGGAAGAGGAACAAAAGAGUGUCAACCAGUUACAAAUUCUGAUGGAGUGGUUCAAGGAUACAAAUGUGUAUGUAAAGAACCUUUUAAGAUGGCAACUUGUUGGAGAGCAUCAAAUCCCUGUACUCCAGAAGCUUGUGGAAAGAAUGGUGUAUGUACAAGUGAAUUGGCAGAGGUUAGUUGUAAAUGCAACUGGGGAUAUGCAGGUGAUAGAUGUGAAAAGGAGAAAAGUAAAGAAUACAAAGGAGAUCUUGGAUAUUCAUCUGUUGUCGGUGCAACAAUCACACUUGGUGGAUUCUUGCUUAAGCUCGGAAAACUGGCCGUAUUAGGAUUCGGUGUUAGUUCGGAACAAGGAGACGAUCCUCAAGACACCCAUCAACGUCUCCGAUCCUAUAGCAUGACUGCCGCCGGAAUUAUAAUGUGCUUGUACAGUAACCCCACAGUAUUCGCCAUUACUCAAGCAGCAUGUCGUUUUUAUUUCAUUGCUAUACACUUUUGUUAUGUUCUGGCAAUGAUACAAUGGGUAAUGGAAUCAUGGAAUGUGAAUCAAAUACUUCGAGCAGUACAUUUAAAUGAAUGGGAACGAGAUUGGAAUAAUGAAAGAUCAUGGGGUGUUCGUAUUGUACCAAGAAUGGUAUUAUCAGUUGGAAUGUUGGCUGCUUUUCUGCUAAUAAUUUUUCAAACUGGUUGGAAUAAAUUAGCUGCUACAUGGACUUGUGUUGGUGUCAUCUGUCAGGAUACUAUAUCCAUUUGGUUUCCACUUUUCUUUGGAGUCUUCAUAAUGGUUAACUAUGCAGCUGCAAUUUAUGAAUCUAGUAGAUUAAUUAAAUGCCGUCGCCCUCUUCUUGCCUACCGAAUUGACAUGAGAAUCGAAAGAGAACUUGGAUUUAUUGAGGGUCGUCGUGUUGAAAAGUGUCGGGAUAACGAACUUCUUAGUUUUAUUGGUCUGCUUCUUUUGAUUGCUCAAUGGAUUUCUGUGAUUGUUUCGUCUGAUCAUAGAGAUGAGCCAAUUUAUGGAAUAUUUACUGUGGUAAUUGCUGGCAUCUACUCAAUGUUCUGUUCGUAUCAAGAAAUGGUCACAUGCCCAGAGGAUCGUGCUAAAUUCGUCCAACUGGUACAGCGUUUUUUCCCCAAUCGUUUUGCUCCAGAGUAUAAUCCGGAAACAAUGUGGACAUUUGAUGAAGUGCGUGAACAUUAUGCAACUCCGAAAGCUGAAAGAGAAGAGAAAUAUGAAGGAUUCUUGUCGAGAAAUCAACAAUUACUUUUGCAUCAUAGAUGGGAUAUUCGUUUGAAUGCUCAUUUGACAGAAGGAAAAAAGAAUUUGAGUAUUGAUGACGCUCUUGUGAAAGUUUUUGUUGAAGAAAUGCACCGACUUCAGGAAAAUCGAGGAACCAUCAAACAGAAAGAGGCGAUCAAGAAAUGCUACGCGGAAUACAUGAACACAGUCCCUCACAAAGAUCCUCGUGACAUUGGAAAACUGAACGGACGUCUUGAACUUGUUACAUUGGCUGCUGAAGAUCCCCUUAACGGGAUUAAGCUUGCGAAAUUCUUCAUAGUUCCAAAAUUUCAUAUUUUCGAGCCAGAACAUGCUAGCAAAUUGGAGGAAGAUCCGGUGAAAAAGACUGCCACACGGCGACUCCACGAAGAAAUGGAAAAGGAUAUCUACGAAUUGACCCGUGAUGAGGCGCAUGCUCAAACCAAUUUCAUGAACUCCAUUAUUUUAUUCUCCCACUAUGGAAAUAAUGUUGUACGAUAAUUUUUUUCGGAACUCGAAUGAAUGUUGUUAAUAAG